GCUCCUCCUGUUUAUUUCUCAGUGUUCUUGUGUCUGAACUCCCUGCCCAGCCCCCGUUUUUUCUUUUCAUCUCUCUCACAACUGCAAAUAUGCUCUAGUUCCGAAUAAUUGUUAAAAACAGCCCUAAAAAUAUCCCGUCAAACUAGAAUAUACCGCCAUUUCCGUAAGCGGUGUGUGCAAACAGAAGAGAACUGACAACUCUGGUACUUUUUAAUUCCAAACAAGAUGAAGAUCCCCUCUUUGCUGCUGAGAUUCCCUCGUUGUUAUUUCUCCAGAAGAACUUACUUCAUGAGCUUUUGCUUCACUUCCCGAGCAGAUUUCCUGGGCAUUGAAUCUCUUGGGCCAGCACAUCACUGUCAGACAAAAUGGAUUUGUUCAUCAAAUGCUUUGAGGAGAGAGCUGUGCCAGCAAGCAGCCCCUGAGCAGCAAGUAGAGGGACUUUCUGACCAGGAGCAGAGACUUGUAGACAGGCUUUACCAUGGGCUGAUCCAGGGUCAUAGAGCCUGUUUAGCUGAAGCCAUUACACUUGUAGAAUCAACUCAGAGUAGGAAGAAGAAAGUAGCCCAGGUGCUCCUUCAGAAGGUAUUAUCCUACCACAGGGAACAAGAAAAGUUAAAUCAAGGAAAGCCACUUGCCUUUAGAGUGGGGUUGUCUGGGCCUCCUGGUGCUGGAAAAUCGACCUUCAUAGAAUGCUUUGGGAAAAUGCUUACGGAAAGAAAACACAAAGUGUCUGUGUUGGCUGUAGACCCUUCCUCUAGUACAAGUGGUGGUUCCCUGCUGGGUGAUAAAACACGGAUGACUGAGUUGUCAAGAGACAUGAAUGCAUACAUCAGGCCAUCUCCAACCAGUGGGACACUGGGAGGUGUCACAAGGACCACAAAUGAAGCCAUUCUGCUCUGUGAAGGAGGAGGCUAUGACGUUGUUCUCGUGGAAACAGUAGGUGUGGGCCAGUCAGAAUUUGCUGUGGCUGAUAUGGUUGAUAUGUUUAUAUUACUGCUACCACCUGCAGGUGGAGAUGAAUUACAGGGCAUCAAACGGGGCAUCAUUGAGAUGGCAGAUCUGGUUGCUAUCAAUAAGGCUGAUGGGGACUUAGUUGUGCCUGCCCGGAGAAUCCAGGCCGAGUAUGUCAGUGCUAUGAAGCUGCUUCGCAAGCGUUCAAAGGUUUGGAGGCCAAAGGUAAUGCGCAUCUCUGCCAAAACUGGGGAGGGGAUCUCGGAUAUGUGGGAUAAAAUGACCGAGUUCCGUGAGCUCAUGCUCACAAGUGGCGAGCUGGUUGCCAAACGACGGAAACAGCAGAAAGUGUGGAUGUGGAAUCUCAUCCAGGAAAACAUGCUGGAGCAUUUCCGGAGUCACUUGGCAGUCAAGGAUAAGAUCCCACUUCUGGAAGAAAAGGUUCUUAAAGGAGUCUUGUCUCCUGGGCUGGCAGCAGACCUGCUGCUGAAGGCAUUCAAAGAUGGUCUCUAAGCAUUGUUUUCUACUCUGUUCUUGAUAAGUGCUUUAUGUAAACAUGAACAUUAAAUACACUUUUUCUGUGUGUGAAUUCAGUUGUUUUACUGCAGCAGACAUGAAUAGAAUCCAGUACUCUGCAAAAGGAUUCUGUUGGAUUCUGUAUAUGCAGCGAUCGUGACAAAGUUCAUCACUCACUAAGAGGUUACUUCAUACUCUGUUGGAAAAAAUAAAUUUCCAAAUCUU